CCUCUGUUUCAUUCUCUCUCUCUCUCUCUCUGUCUCUGUUUUUCCUCCUGCAACAGGGUUGAAGUUGAAGAUACAGAAAAAAUGACAAAACAGAAUGUGGAGGUUUCAGACUGCGCAUCGCGUAUAGGCAUGGUUAGGCUGACGCCGUCGAAGUCGCCGCUGUUCUCGCCGGCGGUGCCGGAACCGCCUGCUGCGCUUGGUGGGAAUAUUGCCAUACCCCAAAAGAAGGUCUUGAAGAGGCUUGAAAUUAGUGGAGGAGGCGUCAACAACAUCAGUGCCUGGGUUGAUUCAAUUAGAGCUUCCUCCCCAACCCGAAUCAAAUCUCCGGCUUCUCCGCCGGAAACCGAGGAGCAAAGCUCUUGGACUCUCCGCCAUCCAUCAGCGUUGCAAAAGUUCGAGGAGAUUGUAUCGGCUUUCAAGGGGAAGCAGGUGGUGAUGUUUCUGGAUUACGACGGUACCCUCUCUCCGAUUGUCGACGACCCAGAUCGAGCAUUCAUGUCGAGAGAGAUGAGAGAAGCUUUAAAAGAUGUUGCAACAUUUUUCCCCACUGCCAUCGUGAGCGGGAGGUGCAGGGAUAAGGUUUAUAGCUUUGUGAGAUUAUCAGAACUUUUCUAUGCGGGUAGCCAUGGAAUGGACAUCAAGGGACCAUCCAAACGCCGAAAAUGCAACAUAGGAAAUCAGCCAGUUUUCUUCCAAGCUGCUACUGAGUUUCAGCCCAUGAUUGAUGAGGUGUACAAAGCCUUGUUAAAGAAAACAAAUUCCAUCCCAGGAGCUAUGGUGGAAAAUAAUAAGUUUUGCCUGUCCGUACACUUCCGAUGUGUUGAUGAAAAGAGAUGGGCUGCAUUAGCAGGUCAAGUGAGGCUGGUGCUCAAUGCGUAUCCAAAACUAAAACUGACUCAAGGGAGGAUGGUGUUAGAGAUCCGUCCAACAAUCAAAUGGGACAAAGGGAAAGCGCUCGAAUUCUUGUUGGAGUCACUAGGAUAUGCCAAUUCUGAUGACGUUUUGCCGGUCUACAUCGGAGAUGAUCGAACAGACGAGGAUGCAUUCAAGGUUUUGCAUGAUAGAGGACAAGGGUUUGGGAUCCUUGUUUCUAGAGUUGCCAAGGAAACAUGUGCAACUUAUUCGUUGCAAGAACCAUCCGAGGUUAAGGAGUUUUUGGUGCGAUUGGUGGAGUGGUGUAGGGGGCGGGAAAGAUUAAUGCCACACCAAGGAUAGUAGGUGGUGUAAACAUUUUCGGCAAUAAUGAUCCCAUAAGUUUUUUGGUGGGUUCACAUUUCGCUGUAUGUUUUCACCUUUUUUUUGUUAUUUUUUAGUUAGA